AUGUCUGAUUCCAGGGUGUCCUCUGUCAUCCAGGAGUGGGUGAGCUCAUACCCGGGUCAGGCCCACACCCAGACCUUGAACCCCACCACAUCAACCAAUCAGCUGGCUCAGAUGGACAUGAUACUGUACAGCCAGUCUCAGGGACUGAUGAGAGGGGGCGGUGAUGACAGAGUGGCCGAUCAGAUGAUGGGACUGCCUUACCUGCCGUACACGUCCUCCUGUCUCAGCAACACCUCCAGCGCAGGGACCACAAACCACCACCAGAGCCACGCCAACACUCAGCAGGACUUCUCCUCCUUCCUCCUGCCAACUCUGCGGGCCCCGGGAAACAAGAGGAGCAUCAGCAAGGAUAGUGAGGAGUACCGCCAGCGACGUGAGAGGAACAACAUCGCUGUGAGAAAGAGCCGGGACAAGGCCCGCAGGAGGAUCCUGCUGACCCAGCAGAGGGCCAUGCAGCUGCAGGAGGAAAACCAGAAGCUGCAGAUGAGGAUAGGGCAGCUGACUCAGGAGCUGGACACUCUCAAACACAUCCUGUCACAGCGGCACCUGCAGGGAGCUGAGGAGGGAGCAGCAGGGGAGUCCAGUAUCUAGACCCACAUUUGUACCUAUUAAUUAUAGGCAUUCUGUUCAUUAGUUUCUAGGCAUGCCUCCACUGCUCAAGCCUCCUUGUUGAUUUAUAUAAUUUUCACCAAAAAAUACCAUCUGUGGAAAAAGUCACAUAAAUGAAACAAUUUGAGGGGAUGUAAAGGGGUCGCUUAUGGUUUCAUAUUGUAAAAAUACUGAGGAGGGAAAGUAGAAAACACUGGCAGGGCUGUAGCUUCCUUUGUGGACACUGAGGUCAUGUCCUCUGCCUUUUUGGGGGAGUUUAUAGCAACCUUGUAAGCCAUUGCUGCACUCAGGCUUUCUGUGCUUGUACAACACGUAUACAGAUUAAUGACAGUGGCAGAUUUAACUCUCAAAAUGUGCUGGAAUUUUUGAAAUAAUGUGUCUUUAGUUUCACAUAAAAAUAAACAAAAGCAGCUCCUAAUUUCUAGCAGACAUCUGAGGAUACACAGGAGUAAUGAUAUGCUAUGUAAAACUUGUGAAUGAAACUCAUGAAUGCUUUAUACAUUUUUUACUCAGCCUAUUGGAGAUUAAUGGACGUUUUUGCAACCCUGUGUCACUUUUGACCCAUGUGUUUUACAUACUGCAAUUCAUUUUUUGUUGA